ACUCCAGCCUUACCGCCGCCAAAGGGAACGCAGUCCAACUUCAUCGACCCGCCAACCUUAAUGCCCGAAGUCAUCAUCACCGCAAGCGUGGUGCUCCUGCUUAUGACCCUCUGCGUGGCAGCGCGUGCAUUCGUCAAAUUCUUCAUCCUAGGACAACACCAAAUCGAAGACUUGCUGUGCUAUUGGGCAUGGGCAGGCGUCGUCACGUACACGGGCACCCUGAUUUAUAUCUGUAAUUACGGCUUCGCUCGACACCAGUGGGAUAUCAGUCGCGGAAUGUUCGAACACAUCAUGUACUACAUCAACAUCCUCUAUUGCGUGUACUCGCCAACGACCCUCCCAGCCAAACUCUCCGUGCUCUUCCAAAUCAAGCGCAUAUUCACGACGCGCGAGAAAAACAUUGUCUGGUGGGUCGUCUGGAUCUCCAUCAUCGCCAACAUCAUCUUCUACUCGGGGCUCUUCUUCUCCUACGUAUUCACAUGCUGGCCACGGGAAGCCAUAUGGAACCCCGGAGUCCACGGGAGCUGCAUCAGCUCCGUGAGUUCGAAUCUUGCGGCUGGGAUCCUGAAUUUCCUGUCGGAUCUUGAGGCGUUGCUUUUGCCGGCUUGGGGGAUUUGGUGCUUGAAUAUGCCCGUUACGAAGAAGUUGGCGGUUUUCGCGGUGUUUGGUGUGGGCUCCAUUGCGUGCGUGAUUGGUUUGAUAGGGAUUUAUUUCCGCAUACUCCUUCUGAGAAGGCCGGAUUUUACGUGGAUAUGUACAAAGGCAGCGCUGCUAGUCAUCUCCGAAAUGGCGACCGUAGUCAUAGUCGGCUGUUGCCCGUCCAUCCCCCGUCUAUAC